AUGGCGACUUAUGAGCCCAAGAACAUUCUCAUAACCGGCGCUGCUGGUUUCAUUGCAUCACAUGUCGCCAACCGCCUGGUUAGGAACUAUCCCCAAUACAAGAUUGUUGUCCUUGACAAGAUUGACUACUGCUCCAACCUAAAGAACCUCAAUCCUUCAUGGUCUUCACCAAAUUUCAAGUUUGUCAAGGGUGAUAUUGCAAGUGCUGACCUGGUGAAUUACCUUCUGAUCACCGAGUCAAUUGACACCAUCAUGCACUUUGCUGCUCAGACACAUGUUGAUAAUUCUUUUGGCAAUUCAUUUGAGUUCACAAAGAACAAUAUAUAUGGCACCCAUGUUCUUCUUGAGGCUUGCAAGGUUACUGGUCAGAUCAGGAGGUUUAUUCAUGUCAGUACUGACGAGGUGUACGGUGAAACUGACGAAGAUGCUGUAGUUGGUAACCAUGAGGCCUCACAGUUGCUUCCAACAAAUCCAUAUUCAGCUACAAAAGCUGGGGCCGAAAUGCUUGUGAUGGCAUACGGAAGGUCUUAUGGUCUUCCUGUGAUUACCACUCGUGGCAACAAUGUGUAUGGGCCAAAUCAAUUCCCUGAGAAACUCAUCCCCAAAUUCAUUCUUUUGGCCAUGAGAGGUCUGCCUCUUCCAAUUCAUGGAGAUGGUUCCAAUGUCAGGAGCUACCUGUACUGUGAGGAUGUGGCCGAAGCUUUUGAGGUGGUUCUUCACAAAGGAGAAGUUGGACAUGUGUAUAAUAUUGGUACUGUGAAGGAGAGGAGGGUGAUUGAUGUGGCCAAGGACAUAUGCAAGCUCUUUGGCUUGGAUACUGAGGAAGUCAUCAGAUUUGUUGAGAACAGGCCCUUCAAUGACCAGAGGUACUUCUUAGAUGAUCAGAAGCUAAAGAGAUUGGGAUGGGCAGAGCGCACACCAUGGGAAGAGGGCUUGAAGAAGACGAUGGAGUGGUACACCACCAAUCCUGAUUACUGGGGAGAUGUCACUGGUGCGCUGCUCCCUCAUCCAAGGAUGUUGAUGACUCCUGGAGUUGAAAGGCAUAACUGGGCUGAAGAAAUCAAGUCUCUGACCUCUUCGCCAGCUGAAGCUAGUACAAUAGCUCCUGCAACCAGUACCAAAAGCAUCUCUGAUGCCCCUCAGAAGCCUUCCUACAGGUUUUUAAUCUAUGGCAGGACUGGAUGGAUUGGUGGCCUCCUUGGCAAGAUUUGUGACAAGCAAGGGAUUCCAUAUGAGUACGGGAAAGGGCGCUUGGAAGAGCCAUCUCAGCUGUUGGAGGACAUUAGAAAUGUGAAGCCAACUCAUGUCUUCAAUGCUGCCGGAGUCACUGGGAGACCGAAUGUUGACUGGUGCGAGACCCAUAAACAGGACACUAUCCGCACCAAUGUUGUAGGCACUUUGAAUCUUGCUGAUGUCUGUCGUGAGCAGGGUCUGCUCAUGAUUAAUUAUGCUACAGGCUGUAUAUUUGAGUAUGAUGCUAAGCACCCUGAAGGGUCUGGUAUUGGCUUUAAAGAGGAAGACACACCCAACUUUAUGGGUUCCUUCUAUUCUAAAACGAAAGCAAUGGUGGAAGAGCUAUUGAAGGAGUAUGAUAAUGUCUGUACUCUUAGGGUCAGGAUGCCCAUAUCAUCAGAUCUAAGCAACCCUCGUAACUUCAUCACAAAGAUAGCUCGUUACGACAAGGUGGUGAACAUUCCCAACAGCAUGACAAUUUUGGAUGAGCUUCUGCCUAUCUCUAUUGAGAUGGCGAAACGGGACUGCAGGGGAAUAUGGAACUUCACCAACCCUGGUGUUGUUAGCCACAAUGAGAUUCUAGAGAUGUACAAGAAAUACAUCAAUCCUGAUUUCAAGUGGACCAACUUCACACUCGAAGAGCAGGCCAAGGUCAUAGUCGCACCUAGAAGCAACAACGAGAUGGACGCGUCGAAAUUGAAGGCUGAGUUCCCUGAGCUGCUGUCCAUCAAGGACUCUUUGAUCAAGUAUGUCUUUGAGCCAAACAGGAAGGUUCCUGUUAAUUGA